AGGAUCGGGUGGGUUCAGAAAACGAAAGCAUGACAAUUUCCCACAUGGCCAAAGGAACGAUGAAAAAGAUAAUGCUAAUUCAUCUUUGGUGGUGUCUUUUAAGUGGGUGAGCACUGUGAAGAGGGAAGAAUCAGAGGAUAAUUGUGUGGGAUUGUAGAGUCCUUGCAAUAUGAAAGAAAGCUAGGAAACAGAAAUUGUGUGUGAUAUAUAUCAAGCAAUGGAAAAUAAUUUAUCUGAUCAGAAAGCAUUUCAACUGGAGCUUGAUACAAGACAUGAUAAAUAUGAGAGGCUUGUGAAACUUAGUCGUGAUAUAACUAUUGAAAGCAAAAGGACGAUAUUCCUACUUCACAGGAUUACUAGUGCCCCCAAUAGGGAGGAAAUACUAAAUGAAUCUGAGGCCAAAUUAGAAGCUGUCAGACAGAAAAUUAAGCAAGUAGCACAAGAACUGGUAGGAGAAGAUAUGUAUCAGUUUCACAGAGCCAUUUCUCCAGGGCUUCAAGAAUAUAUAGAGGCAGUGUCUUUCCAAUAUUUCAUCAAAACACGAUCAUUAAUUAGUGUUAAGGAGAUCAACGAACAGUUAAUAUUUACAAUGGAAGACAAAGAAGAAACAAACACGCCCUCCUCUAAUUCAGAUGAUAAGCAGCUGUGCACAUGGAGCCUGAAGGUGACACCUGUUGAUUACCUGUUGGGUGUAGCUGAUUUAACAGGAGAGCUGAUGCGGAUGUGCAUUAACAGUGUUGGAAAUGGUGAUAUAGACACCCCUUUUGAACUGAGCCAGUUUUUGCGUCAGAUUUAUGAUGGCUUUUCCUACAUUGGCAACACUGGACCCUACGAAGUGUCUAAAAAAUUAUAUACCUUGAAGCAGAGUCUGGCCAAAGUAGAGAACGCCUGCUAUACUUUAAAAGUGAGAGGUUCUGAAAUCCCAAAGCACAUGCUUGCUGAUGUGUUCUCCACCAAAUCAGAAAUGAUUGACCGAGAAGAGGGUCUUUCCUAAAACACUGAGACAAUCAUGACCUUGAUGGGGCCUGGGCUGUACAGUUGAAAGCAUGUUAAUAUUUUGGGUUUGUUUUCAAUAAACCCUCAUCAUGGCUUUUAUGUAGUGAUGUUUUUAGUUUUACUUAGCAGAGCAAAGGUAAAAUUUCAACCAAAAAAAGAAAAACCCUUUAAAAUAAUGUAUAGUGAACCAGUGCUUGUAUCUGUCUUCUCUGUGGGCAGUCUGUUUUCUUCUACUUCAUGUGCUGUCAUAAUGACCAAAUGCUGUACUCAGUGCUGGUUGUCUUU